UCAAUUUAAGUACGUUAAAAAUGACUCCGUGCGAAUUACGGUAGUGUGUAAGUUUGCGGCUUCAACAGAUUGUCAGUGGUCAGUUCAUGCGAGGAUGUUACUGUCAAGUGGGGUGUUUUGCGUUAAGAGGUUUGAUAGUGUGCAUACUUGUGGGGCUGUUGUACGUACUUCUAGGAACCCUCAUACGGGGUCUGAUUUGGUGUCUACCGUUGUUGCAGAUCGAGUGCGCGAUAAGCCGUUGACGCGGCCCACUGAUGUUGUGUUUGAUUUGAAGAACGAGUAUGGUUUGGAUAUUAGCUACCGGGUGGCCUAGUUGGGUGUUGAGAAAGCUAGGGGCGAGGUGUACGGGGAUCGCGCUACAUCCUUUGAUCAGCUGAGGUGGUAUAGCAAUUCUGUUAUGCAAAAAAACCCAAAUAGUUACAUUAAUCUUGAGUUUGACCCAAAAACCGGGAGCUUUGUUAGGUAUUUCAUAUCAUUUCGCGCUUGUAUAGAUGGGUUCAAACACUGCCGGCCUAUGCUUUUUUUGGAUGGAACGUUUUUGAAAGGUAGAUUUAAAGGGAAUUUGCUCGCAGCUACUGCUAAAGACGCCAAUCAAGGAUUGUUUCCGGUAGCCUUUGCUAUUGUUGAUUCCGAGAAUUCAGCUAAUUGGGAAUGGUUCCUUCAUAAUUUGAAAGAAGUUGUUGGGGGUGGGCGAACAUUGACUUUCAUAUCUGACCGCCAUGUCGGAUUAUUACACUCUAUGCCCAUUAUUUUCCCUUCAGCCCAUCAUGCAUAUUGUUUGUUGCAUCUGCAAAUGAACUUGCGGGAUCGAAUGAAAUAUGUUAAUGCAUCGCACAAAAUUGGGUUGAUGCGGAAGUUACGGGAAUGUGCAUAUGCGCCCACUGUUGCUUGUUUCAAUGAGAAAUUGGAGGCAUUGAAGAAGGCCAACCCAGCUGUGAUUGAAGAUUUUAUGAAAGACCUGCACCCCAAACACUGGUCUAAUGCGUAUUUUAGGUAA